CUACUAUUCCUUUCGCUUUCAGUCGCGCGCGGAUCGUGAGAGCUGCAAAACUCGAGACGUGGUGACGGCGGUUUUCACCCUGAAAUACGAAUAUAAUCCAUAUCCUCAUUAAUGACAUUGGCUAAUACUAACGGAAUACAUUGAAUCUACAUGAUUGAACUACCAUAGAACAGCAAACCAAAUGAAAGGGGCCAGAAGCGUGAGAGAAAAACAGAAGGUGGCAACGUUAGCUAGCUAAGGUGAGGAUAACAGAGGAACUAACGUAGCGUUAGCUAGUGGGCUAGCGACCAUAUCUGUCGUCCCGCCGGCAUAAGAGGACUCGUGGUUGCUCGCAAACUGUAUUUUUAUUAAUGAAUAGGGAAUCAAAUCAUAGAUUUGCAAGGCUAACUACAAACGAUACGUCUUCAUUUCGUACCAGUUUCCCCCAGCUAACAAUUGCUAAUCUGUAUUUUAGGUUUUAGCCAACUCUUGCAUCAGCAGAACUACAGCUACUUAGCUAGCAGGCUAGCUUCGCUUGCUGACUAUACGAUACGUUAGCUUGUAGCGAAAGCGUCCGUGGAUUUGACUCUAUUGGGAGGUUAGCUAGGCUAGCUAGCUAACUAAAAUUCGGCCAUGUUGAAGCAACAACAGUCCGGCCCCAGCGGUCGGAAAACCUCAAACGGGACUUCGGGCCCAUCCAGCAUGUCUUCCACAGCAUCUGGGCUUAACACGAGCAACAGCAGAGCGGCUAAUGGAAGAAGCCGAAACUCGGUGAAGAUGCCUCACCAGUCUUCUCCAGUAUUUGAAGGAGUGUACAACAAUGCCAGAAUGCUGCAUUUUCUUACUGCUGUAGUGGGCUCAACCUGUGACAUCAGGGUGAAGAAUGGCAGUGUGUAUGAGGGUAUCUUCAAGACCCUCAGCUCAAGGUGUGAACUCGCAGUGGAUGCAGUGCAUCGGCGCUGUGAGGAAGGGGGCAAUUCCUCUGCCCCCCCCAGGAGAGAGGAGAUCACAGACACCAUGAUCUUCAGCACCUCCGACCUGGUCACCAUGACCUGCAGAGACGUGGACCUCAACUACGCCACCAGAGACACGUUCACGGACACGGCUAUCAGCUCAGCGCGCGUGAACGGGGAGCACAAGGAGAAGGUCCUGCAGAGGUGGGAGGGCGGAGACAUCAACGGCGAAAGCUAUGACCUUGAAGCAGAUGCUUCCAAUGGCUGGGAUGCCAACGAAAUGUUCAGGUUCAACGAGGAGAACUACGGCAUCAAGUCGACGUACGACUCCAGCCUCUCCAUGUACACGGUGCCUCUGGAGAGGGGCAGCUCGGAGGGCUUCCGGCAGCGGGAGGCGCGGGCGGCCCGUCUGGCCAGCGAGAUCGAGUCCAGCCCACAGUACCGGCACCGCGUGUCCCUGGAGAACGAGGACGGCAAGACCGAGGAGGAGAAGUUCAGCGCCGUCGUCCGAGACCGAGACGGGGGCGAGAGGGAGAGGGGCAGGGAGAGCCCCCGGGAGAGGGAGCGCGAGCGGGGCAGGGACAGCCCCAGCUUUACCAGCAGCGGCAGCAGGGAGAGUAAAUACAUACCUUUACACCAGCGAGCCAGAGAGAUGGUGGUGUCGGGGAGCAGUAUGAGAGGGGAGCGGGAGAGGGGGGAACGAGGGGGCGGAGGAGGCGGCGCCACCUCUCUCCCCAACCGAAUGGGGGGGUACCACUCCAGCAGACCCGGCCCCCCCAAUUCCUCCCCGAGGCCCCCCCUCCCGUCGUCGGCCAGUCAGCCGCCCCCGUCGUCGGACAGGAACAGCCCUCUCUCCAGCAGGGGGGGGUAUUCCCCGCACCACCCGCAGAGCAGCCCCGGCCCGGCCGGCGCGUACACUCCCCCCGCGGCCCUCGGCGGCGGCGGAGGCUCCUCCCGCCUGAGCGAGCCCCCCGCGGCCUCGCCCGCCCCAGCGUUGGCCCCGCCCACCAGCCCCCCCACCCCCCACUCGCACAGCCUCCCCUUGCCCCACUCGCUGUCCGACCCCGCCAGGCCCGUCAACGGAGUGUCAUCCAGAACCUCCCCGAAAUCCCAGAGGCCUGUACAGACCAACAGACCCCUGCGCACAGCCAACUCCCACACCACUCCUGCAGUCUCGCGUUCUCCAAAAUCGGGGGUUGCAUCCCAGGACCCCACUGUUGUUGCUGCUCCCUACUUGGAUACCACAUCUGUCUCCAUGGCAACUCAGAAACCAACUGGCCCUGCUCCUCUCUUCCCUGUAGAUGUGAACGAGAUCCUCAGCUCGGCGGGAAAAGAGAGGACAGCGGAGAGUCCGGUCAGCCCGCAGGACUCGAAGAGCGUUAAGGCUCCGUCAGUUCAGCAGCGGUCGCAAAUCGAAGAGCUGCGGAAAUUCGGCAAGGAAUUUCGGCUGCAGCCGACCGGUGGAGGAUCCAGCGGCGGCCCAACCGCCUCUUCCGCCCCGGCCGACGCUCCCCAGCCGAGCCCCGCCCAGCCGUCUCCGGCGGAGCCCGCCCUGCCCUCCGAGCCCAAGCAGAGCCCGGCCCAGAACCCCUCCCAGCCCCACGGCCCCUCCUCCUCCCCCGCCGAGGAACAGGGGAAGGAGAAGGAGGCCGAGGGGGCCGUCGCUGGGGGUAGCGCAGCGCCUUCCGUCCCGUCGGCCGCUCUGGACGCACAGCCCCCUGGGACGCCUCAGCCUCCCAGGACCCCCGGCGCUGAGGAGCCCCGGCUGGAGCCCGCAGACAGAGGAGACGGAGUCACAGAUCAAGUGAAGAAAUCAACUCUGAACCCCAAUGCCAAAGAGUUCAACCCCAACAAGCUGCCUCUGACUCUGUCCAAGCCCACCUCGGCCCCGACGCCGCCUCGGCCUACGCCUCCCAGCCCCUCCGUGGUGUUACAGCCUCCACCGGGACAGGCGCCCAUAUACAACGCCCCCUACCUCUCCUACGUGUCCCAAAUACACUCUGUACAGGCCCCUCAGAUGUACCAGUACACCAUGUCUACGGUCAGCCAGGGCAAGUACCCGCGAGCCAAAGGCUCCGUCGUGGCCCCUCGCUCGGACCACAGCUCCUCGGCGCCCCCCAUGAUCCAGGCGGCCGCGUCGGCGGCCGGGCCCCCCCUGGUGGCCUCCCCGUACCCCCAGUCCUACCUGCAGUACAGCCCCCAGCAGUACAGUCAGCAGGUCAUCCAGGCCAUGACGCAUUACCCAGGCCAGCCCAUGUACUCGAUGCUCCAGGGCGGCGCCCGGAUGCUGGGCUCCGGAGGAGGGCACCCUCAGCAGCUUGGCCCCCCCGGCGGCCCCCAGUUCCCCGGGCAGGGAGACGGGCCGCCCGGCGCCCAGCAGGGACUCUACGCUCCGCAGUCCUUCUCCCACCAUUCGGGCUCCAUGCACCCGCCCCAGCCCUCCAGCACGCCGACGGGCAACCAGCCGCCGCCCCAGCACGCUGCGCCCAGCCCCAGUCAGUCUGCCCAGUCAGGCCCCCAGCCCCAGUCCCUCUUCCACUCCGGGCCCCUUUCCGCUCCCACCCCACCGAACAUGCCCCCCGGACACAGCUCUCCACAGGGCUCUUACCCCAUUCAAGGGUACAGUCUGCACGGGCACCAGCACAUCCCCUCGGCCUACUCCUCUCUGGGGCAGCUAGCGCAGGCCCAUGUCCCAGGUACUCUAUCUGGCCCCCACCACUCGGGCACCCACGGGCACCCCCAGGUGAUGCUGCUGCAUGCUCCCCCUCCCCAGCAGGGGCCCGGCUCUGGGCCUCAGCACCCCCAACAUGGUCCCCCACCUCAGCAGGGUGCCCACCAGCACUACGCCUACAUCGGACAUCCACAGGUGCAAGUGCAGGCUCACCCUCCCCAGCAGCUCCCCUUCCACCCGCAAGGAAACUGAACCCUCAGGACGGGGCCGCAGGCACGAGGCGGAAAGCAAGGGAAAGGUUUCGGACUCGCGCUGUCAUCUCCUCCUGUUCAGUAAAACACGGCGGUCGUCCACCAUUGUCCAGUGCCCGAGGAUGAAGCUCACUUUGCAAAGUCAAGAAAGCAGUGUUAAUGUGUGCAGGAGCGUCCAUUCAGAUUCUCCUCACCCUUCUGACAUUUUCUUUUUUCUUUUUUUUUGUUAUUUUUAAGACAAAUUUUUUUUUUAGUUGGAGAUUCGAGGCGGUGGAAGGUAAUCGCCCCUCACGGAAGUGCUUUUUAGAAGCUUGAGAAAGACUGAAAUUUUCUCAUUUCUUUUAAACUGUCCAGAAGGAGAACUUUGCAAAAUGGCUGGUAAAUACGAAUCCCCCUCGCCAUGAGAACUCGUUAGACGAGAGAGACCCAGACAGAAAGAGGGGGGGAGAGGAGAGGGAAAAUGUUUUAAUAGAAGUGCUCGCUCCCAUUUUUUACUCUUCCCUUUUUCAACUUCCCCCUCUCCUGUUGUAGGUGAAUUAAAAAAUAUAAAAACAAAAUAAAAAGAAAUAAAAAUAAAAAAGACCAAAAAAAUAAAGUUUUAAACUAAACUA